AUGCUUCAUGAAAAAAUAGGAAUUCCCGAUUUACUGCGAAAACCCGAAGAUAUAUUUGACAAACUGAACUGCAGCCCCGACAAGACCAGUUAUGUGAAUCAGUGGUUGCAGAAGUUGGAGAUCAAAGAUGUGGAAAAUGUUACAGAUGAUAUUGAGCGUGUGUUAAACAAGAAUUCUAAUGCACAUACGAGCCCAAGCUAUUCAGCUCCUGCCUCCAGGAACACUAAGAACAUUCACAACUUCAGUAGUAGCAGUCGCAGUAAGAUUGAUGUAAAGGAAAUCACCAACAACAUCAACAGCAAUAGCAUCAUGAAGAACUCUAACAACAACGAUAAUGUCAACAUCAACAUCAACAUCAACAUCAGCAACGACAUGAAGAUGAACGAAGACAUGAAACCCCUUGAUAGCAAUAAUUUUGAUAGCGGGAAUAUCUGGAUCAGCACUAUAAGUAGCUACUCCAGCAGUACAACCAACAGCAUGAAUAUGGGCGUCAGCACGUGUAAACCAAUUCAGCCAAUUGAGAAACGCGAACCAAUAUUUCUAGAGUCAGCUAUCUUUCAGUUGCGCCGUAAUCCUAUUUACUUGAGAGUGAAUCUGUUUGAGGACACUGGUAGUUUCUGCAGCAUUGAUGUCACCAGGAGUCAUGAAGCGCAAAUUAUAGAGAAGGAGCUAAGGUUGGCAGAGCUUGAGAUGGAACCUGGAGUAGAUCCACAAUAUCUAGUGGUGGGAUCCUCUUGGGCUUGGAGAGGGCAAUCAACUUUGAGUAGUUGGGUUCGGGUUGAACUAUUGGAGCUUGCUUCGGAAGAGGCUUUGGUGAAACUCAUAGAUUCAGGAAACUUUUCUUAUGUCAAGUUGGAUGAGUUGAGAUGGUUACCAGCUGGAUUAGCCUCCCAGCUACCUGGACUUGGGUUCUCAUGUCACCUUGCUCAAGUUCUAUGUGUUCCUGCCUCUCAUCAACAUCUUCAGGAUAUAGGGGAUAUAUGCCAGGGAGUACUUCAAGGAUACAUAGUUGAUUUUGAUGUUGAAAAGGAUUCUAUUGGGCUUAAUUUGUUCUCUGAAAAUAUAGAGAUUAAUAGACUUAUUUGUGAUCUAAAUCUCGCAAUGAAAAACCAAACAUUAGUUAAUAUCGAAGAUAUUGAGGAACUUGGUGAUAUUGAAGAUACCAAGGUGGAUGAGGAUCCCAAUAGCACCAUGAAUCUAACUAAUUGGAAGGCUAUGGAGGAAGAUUUUGAUUCUCCAAUGAACAACUACACGACCCCAGAUGAUGAUGUUGCUGUUUCCAUUGAUAGAUUCAAGGUUAAGCGGGAGCCUUGUUCAAAAUUUCUUCUUUAUGGUAAAUGCUCCCUGGACGAAUUCUGUGCACACUCCCAUACUGAUCCAACUAUUGUCCCAAGACAAGUUGAGAUGGUUAGCCAAACUAAUUGGGAAAUCAAGGAAAUCAGUUCUAGUAGUCUUAUCCGGAUUAAGAUAUUGAAAGUAAUCUCUUUUGAAACUCUGUUCGUUGCCUGUGAAUCCGCUGAAGACGAAUUCAUUGGGGAAUUUUCCCCUAAGAUAAUAUCUGAAGAGAUAAGCCUGAAUAACCAGUUGUUGGAUCGGCAGCUUGAACUGUAUUCUGGAAGCGGGCAGGUUUAUGGAUUCAAGGACGCAAAGUUUGACUGGUGCAGAGUGCAGAUACAGGAACAUGGAGAAACAGAGAGUAUUGUUAGAGUGUAUUUGCUAGACCAUGGUAUCUGUAGAGAUAUCAAUCCAAGGUUUCUCAGAGACAUUUCUCCUUCAGUAGCCAACCUACCUUCCCUGGCAAGAGACUGUUCACUUCUCUACAUGGGGCCGAUGAAAGAUGAUGGUUGGAUGAAAAGAGCAAGAGAGUAUCUAAGAGGUUUGGCAUGCGACUCCACUGUAUCCCUGUACAUGAAGACUGUCCCGAAUGUCCAUGGUGUUGAAAACGGGGUUUACCUGUAUAUCAGGAGACCCGGAGUCAAUCAGGUUCAGGAUGUGUCGGAGAUCCUUGACAAGCUUUAAGUAUCCCUGGAGUUUGAAGAAUAAUGGAUCAGAAUAAUGCAAAUAUUAAUUCUCAAAACAAACAACUCCUUCUAUUAAAAUUGUAUAAUUGGCAUAUUGCAAGCUAUUCAACCUUGUUCCAGUUCUGAGUCCUGUCUUUGUAUAUUCAGUUUGGAUUAAUUGUGGUGUCAGGAGGACGUACCUCAAAAUGCCUGAUCGAUUGAUGAAAAAAUGCGCAAUUAAAAUAUUUUUUGUCCUCAAUUCUUUAAACUCUCUCACGUUUCAAUAGUGAUAACUUAACCUGACAUAGCCUGCAGAGCAUGAUACUUUGACUGUAGGUUGAAUGUAAGUAACAAUAAUUAUGAUAAUGGUGGGUGGAAAUCCCAUAUAGCGUGUAAUUCCACUGAGGAAGGGCAAUAUCAUGAUAAUGUUAAUCAUCAUUCUGUGGAAAUCAUUAUGUAUCUCAUGUAUCUGUAUUUUUUUACUUGAUUCAAUCCCACCAAAGUUUAUUUAGUUGUGUUAAUUUUGUAUUCUUGACUAAGACCAUUUUUUAAUUGUAAAUUUUUUAGAUAUGUUUUCCUCAUCUUCUAAAUUUAGUGAUUUUUUCAGAUCAAAUAAAAUGUAUUUUGUUUAAAUGAAUGAGAACUAGAAAACUAUAGAGAAAAGCUUGAAUUAAAGAUAUUGACGAACUGCGGAGAUCGACAUAUCAACUACUGUCUACAGAUCCUACAAUUUAUCUAAUUUUUUAAAUAAAGCUGUUCCGAUGA